AUGGCUUACACCACAUCUUCGCCGACUAUAGACUCUAAGCCUCAAGCCGGCUUAAAACUCACUACUUGUCUCCCCCAAGCCGCUUUACAGAAUGGCGUGCCUUCUGGCAAUCCUCUUUCUGCUGCACCCUCUUUUACCUCCUCACCGAUCUCUACUCCCGCCUCUUCAUUCCCAGCCCCAGGUACUCCGCACUCUCUCACACCUGCCGGUACUCCUCUUCAGCCUGCGAGCGAAGGCCCGCGCGGCCGAAACCCGGAGUUCCCUCUUAUCCCCGGCCCGCUCGAGCUCCCCGAGUCGAUCAUGGCCGUGCCCGGCACCCAGAAUUGUUCUAAUGGCGCCGAUCAUGCGACCCAAAGCUCCAAGGCACCUGGCUUGAUGCGACGGAUUUCUCGAGGUGCUGCAAACAAGCUUACUCGAAGGAGACCCUCUGGCGCCUCCCAAACCGACAAGCGAGAACGAAGUUCUGGUCCCGUCAUCAUUCGUCGGCGCAGUGACAGCAAAGCUGGCCCUCAGUCUAACCGAGACAAUGCGCUAGACUCCAGCAACGAGGAAGAAGCUAGCGAAGCUCUAGAUGCAUUGGGUGCUUGGGUUGGUUCAGAGCCAUCGAGCUUCCGCAGUGAAAGUCGCAUGAUGUCUGCUCGGGAUGUGGGUGGAGGUCCUGUUCCUUCAGCUGCCAUUGCUCCCAAGGUGGACUCUGCAGUGCAACGUGGCACUGUUUUGACGAAAGUCACCAAAAAGCGUCGGAAGCAAGUUCGUUUCUUUCUCGACUUGGACGCCGCAAAGGUCUUUUGGGACCUCUCCAAUCCUGCCAAGCGCUUCUACAUUGAUGAUAUCAAGGAAAUUCGGGUUGGCGCUGACGCUCGCAAUUAUCGAGAAGAACAUCAAAUUUCCGAGGAUGUGGAGCCGCGGUGGUUCACAGUCGUUAUUGCUAAUGCUGAGCGCUCCAGUGGCCGUGCUGUGAAGACUCUCCACUUGAUUGCCCCUACAGACCGGAUCUUGGAAAUGUGGACCACAACCCUGGAACAUAUCGCCCGGUAUCGAAUUGGGCUGAUGGCCGGCCUAUCCGGCUCUCAAAGUGAAACAGUCAUCCAGGCCCAUUGGCAACGGGAGAUGUUUCGGCUUUUCCCUCAAGGCACCCGGCCCGGUGAAGAGCCGAGUCUUGAUUUCGGCGCGGUUGAGACUGUUUGUCGCAGCUUGCACAUCAAUUUCUCCAAAAACAUGCUUCGGGCUCAGUUUUCCAAGGCCGACGUCGAUAAUAGCGGGAAGUUGAACUUCGCGCAGUUCAAGGACUUUCUUUCUCGACUCAAGGAAAGGAAGGACGUCAAGGAAAUCUACAAGGCCAGUGGUGCUAAUCCCAAGAUGGGCCUCACCCAAGACGAGUUCUUGGCUUUUUUGCGCGAUGUCCAGCAGGAGGACAUUGAUUCAGACCGUGCUCAUUGGGUCACUUUGUUCGACAGAUUGACCCGGAAAUCAAAGCCUCGUCUUUCAGAGCCUUCGGAAGGAGCCGAAAAUGCUGCUCCUGAAGGCCGCAUGUGUCUUGACGCGUUCACAUCUUACUUGGCUUCGCCUAGUAAUGGAGUUUACGCAUCUCGUGCUCCCAAGUCAACAUUUGAUCGUCCGUUGAAUGAGUAUUUCAUCUCGAGCUCUCAUAACACCUACCUCCUUGGUCGACAGGUCGCCGGUGCUUCUAGCACCGAGGCUUAUAUCAGUGCCCUUCAGCAAGGGUGCCGUUGUGUGGAGAUCGAUUGUUGGGAUGGCGCUGAUGGCCGUCCAAUCGUCUCGCAUGGACGUACAAUGACUACUAGUGUUCUCUUUGCCGAUUGUAUCACAGUCAUCAACAGAUACGCCUUCAUUUCCUCCGAAUUCCCUUUGAUACUCUCUCUCGAAGUGCACUGCAGCCCAGAGCAGCAGGUGGCAAUGGUCAAGAUCAUGAAAGAUACUUUCAAGGAGCAACUCAUCCUGGAGCCCCUCAUGACUAACUGCUUCAUCCUCCCAUCUCCGGAGGAGCUCAAGGGCCGCAUCCUGGUGAAGGUUAAGACUUGCGAUGAGACACUCAACGGUGAUCCUCGUGUCGAAACGACAGGCACUGUCGGCACUCAUGGGCGCAAACGCAGCUCCAGUACUCCCUUCAGCCGCCCUACUCCUCCCCCUGAGAUCGCGCUCAAUGGAAAUGGAAUGCCGCCUCUUUCGAGCCCACCCACUUUCAAUGGAAGCACCAACGGUAUUGGGCCUCAUAUCACGCAGGACCGACGCUCUCUCACUGCGACAAGCAUGAGCAGUGCCACCGAAGACAGUGAUGGCGCCUUGAUAUCUCUCCACAACGAGAAAAAGAAGCGCCGGCGCCAGAAAAGCAAAAUUACCAAACCAUUAUCUGAUCUUGGGUAUAACCACGUCUACUCCUUUGCAGAGCGCGCCUUCGAGAGUAUUUGCCAAUCUCACGACAAUAAAGUCUCGCUCGAGGCGCACAAUCGCAAGUAUCUCACCCGUGUGUAUCCUUCAGGAUUCCGACUGCGCUCGUCCAACUUCGAUCCAAUCAAAUUCUGGCGCCGAGGCGUACAGAUGGCGGCAUUGAAUUGGCAGACUUACGAUACCGGAAUGCAGAUGAACCAAGCCAUGUUCGCGGCUGGCACUGAUCGCACCGGAUACGUUCUCAAGCCCGAAAGCCUUCGCCUGCCGCCUCCAAGCGACGGGCAAAAGCUCAAGAUGCAGCGAAGGCUUGUCCGAUUUACUGUUGACGUCAUCUCUGCACAGCAGCUUCCACGUCCCCGCAGCAUUGGCCCAGACGACAACAUCAACCCGUACGUGGACAUCGAGAUGUUCAGUGCCGAUGAUCGCGGUCAAAGUCUAGCUUUUGGCGAGGGUGGCAUGGAUGCCUCUACCCGCGGCGGCAUGUCAGGUAUCGGAUACCCCCAUCGCCGCCGUACCAAGAUCGAACAAAGCAAUGGCUACAGCCCGGUUUUCAACGAUCGGUUCAAGCUGUCUCUUGAGACCAAAUACCCCGACCUCGUCUUUGUGCGCUGGACCAUCUACAAUUCGGUGGAUGGCCGGAAUGCUGGCAAUAACAGUGUGCAAUUGGCGACCUUCACUGCUAAGCUUUCCAGCCUUUCCCAGGGAUACCGCUACUUGCCUCUCUACGAUGGCAGCGGUGACCAGUACCUGUUCUCGACUUUGUUCUGUCGUAUUAUCAAAGAGGAUCCUGUUCCAGUCCAGCGUCUUGACGUUGAGGAGAUCCGCGCGGAGCGCAUGGGUAUUCUACGACAGAUUGGACAGACCGUCUUCAAGCGUUCUUCAUCUACUGAUCGCGAAAAGGAGCUUAUUCGGGCCAGCGAAUCGUGCAGCCCUGAUGACAAAGACAGCUCCCCAAACUUGACGCCGACUGUUUCCGCAGCGUCUACUUCAUCUUUUGCACCUUGA